AUGUAUGGUCAUAGAGUAUGCAUUCCUGAAAAGUACCAGAAUCAAGUUUUGGAAGAACUUCAUGUUGGACAUCCUGGAAUUGUCAAAAUGAAGGCCUUAGCUAGAAGCUACUGCUAUUGGCAAGGUAUUGAUGCCAGUAUAGCCAAUUUUGUUCAGAACUGUUCAGCUUGUAUCGCAACGAGGAACGAACCAGCAAGGAUAAAUCGACAUCCGUGGGAAUGGCCAAAUGGCCCUUGGCAAAGGAUACACGUUGACUACGCUGGCCCUUUUAUGGGGAAAAUGUUUUUUGUAGUCUCUGAUGCAUAUUCGAAGUGGAUAGAAGUCAUUCCGAUGAAAAAUAUUACAGCUAGUUUUACAAUUCAUCAUCUUCGUAUUCUUUUUGCUCAUUAUGGAAUUCCCUUAACUUUGGUUAGUGAUAACGGCGCAAGUUUUACUAGUUACGAAUUUCGACAUUUUUUGAAACUGAAUAAUAUUAAACAUAUAACUUCAGAACCUUACCAUCCUGCUACGAACGGACAGGCAGAAAGAAUAGUGCAGUUGUUCAAAGCUUCGUUGAAAUCGAGUAGAUGUGAUUCUGGAGAUCUAAAUGUGAAAUUACAAAGAUUUUUAUUACAGUAUAGAAUAACUCCACAUUCCCUAACGGGAGAAACUCCGAGUGCCUUGUUUUUGAAGAGAUGUAUUCGCACUAGGCUUGAUCUUUUUAAACCAAAUUUGAGAGACAAAGUUGUUCAGAAACAGAGUUCGAGACUUGACACAGAAUCUAUCUUGCGUGAGUUUCAGGAAGGGGAGAAAGUAGCCGUAAAAAAUUAUUCCAGACCUAACAAAUGGAAAAUUGGAACCUUGAGUUAUAGCAUACAAGUUGGAACUGAAAUUUGGAAGAGACACGUAGAUCAAAUAAGGAAAUGUGGGAAGUCGAUUGAAUUAUCCCAAGCUGCUACUGAAAUUCCAAUUUACGAUAAAGAAUUGAAUUUUCCAGAUGAGCCAGUAUCCGAUGAUGUUGCUGAAUCGGAACCGCCUGCACCUGUACCUGAAGUUGUCCCUGAACCUAAGGAUGUACCUGUAUCUGCCACUCCAAGUGAUGAUAUGCCACCUAGCCCUGUACCAGAUGCUUCCGGAAAGACGAAAACUGAUGUGCUCCUCCGACGCUCAAACCGAAUCAGGAGACCUCCAAAGAGACUCGACCUGUGA